AUGAGCCACUCCUGCGUGCUGAUCCCUCCCGCGGCGUGCGACGCCACUGCGACCUCCCUCGCCGCGCCGCUGCUCCCCACAGCCUGUCGCGCCGGCGGCAAAGAGUGCUCCGGCGCGGAGCCGGCGAGCGCAGAAGGCGGCGGCGCGCACGGGGAAAAGCGAGGGUUGAAGCGAUCGCUGAAUGUCGUCGAUGGCGUCUGCAUGGUGCUGGGAGUGGUGGUGGGCAGCGGCAUAUUCGCCACGCCAGGCGUCGUACUCAUAGACUCCGGAGGCGCGCCGAUUUCCGCACUGAUUGUGUGGCUCUGCGCUGGCGUCGUCGCCUACUCGUGCUGUGAGGUGUAUGCUGAGCUGGGCAGCUCCAUACCGCAUGCGGGCGGCGACGGGGAGUAUAUCCAGCUGGCGUUCGGAGAUCUGCUCUCGUUUGUCUUCAUGUGGAUGUUCUUCUUUGUCUCUACUGGCGGCGGCAUCGCCAUCCUUAUCGUCACAUUCGCCCGAUACACCAUUGCUCUCCUACCAGGCAUGCAGGGCGCCAGUGAGGAGCAGAUGGAGAUGGGAGUGAGAAUCAUCGGCUGCUCCUUCACUCUGCUCCUAACUGCCAUCAACUGCGCUGGCGUCAAAGCAGGAGCGUUGGUGCAAAAUAUCCUCACAGUCACCAAGGCACUCCUAAUAGCAGCGGUUGUAGCCUGCGCGCCCAUCUUCAUCUACCUCCACGGCACGUCUGUAGCCGCUACAAACUUCUCCCAGCCGCUCCCACCUCUCUCCGGCUACAACUGGAGCCGGGCCGGGGCCGGCCUCGUGGCCGCUGUCUGGGCCUUUGACGGCUGGAACUGCCUGGGCUAUCUAUCAGAGGAGCUCAAGAACCCAAAGAAGGACCUCCCACGCUCUCUAUCCAUAGGCAUGCUCACUGCUGUCGGCAUCUGUCUAGCAGUCAACUCCGCCUACUUCUGCAUUCUCCCCCUGGCAGCUGUGGGCAAGUCGGAAGUGGUGGCAGUAGAAGCAGUGGAGGCGGUGUUCGGCCCUCACUCUGGCCGCUUCAUUGCCUUUCUUGUGGCUCUCAACGUGCUCGGUGCAGCCAACGCGACUCUCCUGUGCCACGCACGCUUCUUUUACGCCAAGGCAAGGGACGGUCAACUGUUCUCGUUCCUCAGUGCGGUCACCACUGGAGGAGCUCCCUAUGCUUCUCUCCUUGCCACUGGCGGAUGGAUUGCGGUUGUUGUGUUUGUGGCGGCAAACCACCUUGAGAAGCUUAUUGACUAUUUCGGCAUUGCUGCAUGGAUGUUCUACGGCCUUGUCGGAGCGUCACUCAUCAAGCUGCGCUGGGACCUUCCUGACCUGCCCCGCCCCUACAAGGCCAGCCUCUACCCGCUUCCGGGAGUCAUUGUGGUCGUUGUAUCCAC